AUUCACCACAACCCGAACAUUUUUCCUUGGGCACGCACACUCCCACUGCUUCGCCUCCAGGUCGGCGGAGAACCUUCCUUUCCGCUAAAGGUCCUCCCCUAUUUUUUAUUCGCCCGCUCGAUAUUCUUCCCCUUCUCAUCUAGGGUUCCGCGCUUCACUCUGCCGGCGACAUCGCUUGGGUUUUUGGGUUCCUGCCUCAGUUGAUACGUCAAUGCCGUCUCCUUGUCAUUGAUCAUCUCGUAAAGUCACUUAACCUGAAUGCGUUGAGUCAAAUCAGGAUGUACGAACGCUGGAGAAGGAAUAUUGUCUCUUAACAAUGCAACAAACCAAGCAGAAUCCAUUUCUUCAGUGUGCAUGUCUGUGAUAUAUUCCAAGUCAGCAGGAAUACUAUCCAUUUGAAAACUCUGAAAUUGACAAUAGUGCAGAACACAAUGACAUCAGUCUUGUCCAUUAUAUUUCUGUGAGGUUAUUUUCAUUUGUUAUGACUAGGAUUAUGGACCAUGCUCAGUCAUUGGGGGAGUACUAAAGACAAUUAAACAAUGAUUCUGAGUGCAUCUGAACAAAUCCAUGCUCUAAGAGUUCCUGAAGCUAAUGUUACACUUUCUCAGGUUGAUGUUAAAGUCAACCGUGAGACUGAAAAAUAUAUUCCAGGAUGGUCCUUAUUUUCACAAUGUAAGGUUCAAUCUCAGAAGUGUGAGAAAUGUUCAAGAGACUUUUGCUCCACAAUUAAUUAUAGACGGCAUGUUCGUCUUCAUCGUAGGUCUUUGAAUAUAGCUAAGGAUUUCUUGAAGAAUAGGGUACUCUUGGGAGAAUACUGGGAUAGGCUACCAAUAGAGGAGGCAAAAGAUAUUCUUUCUUUGAAGGAUGCUGUUGUUGAGGGUGUUACUGGUUCUUUUAUUAUAAAGGAAUUGACAAAUUUCAUUCAGAACCUUGGUCUUCUAUUACUUCCGCAUGUGUAUGUGAAGGCUGGUGCAACUCUUUUGGUAAGAAAAAAUGCAAUUCAUUUUUGUCUGUUGAAGUGUACAAACUAUUAUUCUAUGUCCCACAUUGGUAAAUUUCACAUUUGCAUUGUGAAGGAUAUUGUAGAAGGGAGUUCUUUUAGGUUUCCUUUGUCAUCUCAAGAUUUGUUUAAUCUUCUUGAUGAUGCAAGUGAGAGGACUUUUUUACAUGCUGGAAAUGCCUUAUUCAUGCAAAAGUAUAUCUUCAAUGGAGAUGCUGAAAAAAUUUCUAUCGAGGCGAAAAAUUUGGUUGCAUUUGCUAGUUUUAUGCUUGAACAGAAAUUGGUCAAGUCGUGGCAUGCUGAGAAAGAUAUUGAAGCGUUAAGAUUACAGUGUCUGCUUAUGGAAGAAGAGGAAAUUGCAAAGAAAAGGCAAACUGAACUUGAGGAAAGGAAAAGGUUGAAAAAACUGAGGCAGAAAGAGAGAAAAAUGACCAUAGCAACUGGUACUGCCAAAAACAAUUCUGAGCCAUAUUCACAUGAUUCUGUCAGAUUAACAUGUAGGUCUACAGAAACAUCAAGCCCAAUACCUACAUCUGUCUCUUGCUUUGACACUUGCACAGCAAAAGCUAGUCCAAAGUUACUGUGUGUACAGCCAACAAAAUACUGCAAAGUAGAACCCCAUUUAGAUUGCAACAUGUUUUUGCAUUCUCCAAAAGAGGUUAAUGUUGACUUUGUAGAUCAGAAAAUGGAGAAUAAAUCCUGUGAGUGCCAGCUAACUCCAAUCAGUGGUCAAAUUUUGUUGACACAAAUUCCUCCAAGCAGUUGCUACCAUGAUGAAGCUCCAUUUGCAAAAUCUCCCACAACUUCAACCAACGACCUUAUUAUUGGGACGCAGAAAACAAAGCCAGAGAAAGAUGGCAAUGAAAUUAACAGCAAGUGUGAAGUCUUGAUUGGCUCUAUCAGUGUUGACCUUGGAAAUGGUUCACCGUUGGUUGUGAAACAUUCUAAGCUAGCAGAGCAUGUCUCGAGUCUCAAUUCAGCCAACUUAAUGGACAUAAAACCACCAAACCCAUGUUGCCAUGACAUUGUAGAUUCUGCUGUAGAGCAAAUAGGAGCAAAGUUUAAUGAAUUACAUGCUCACCCUUUUAAUCAUAUUCCUGUUGAGAAUGCUUGUGGCAAUGGUUUUGGCAAAUGCUUGGACUCUAUCAUUGACUUGGAUAGUUCAGAUUUGGCAUUCCCCAGACUCUUCUCAAGCCAUACUGCAAAGGCCUUUCUGGCAGAGAGAUGGAAGGAAUCAAUGAUGACUGAUCAUGUGACGCUUGCUUUACCCUCUGACACCGAAUUAUGAGUCUCUCCUUCCAUUAUUUUUUGGUUGAGGUGGAAGAUCAGCAAGAACUGCAAAAACAGACAUCUGGGCCAGGUUUAUGAUAUCUCAGCUAUAGACAUUUUUGUUACCAAAAGCAUUGCUAAGCUAGAUGUUGAACUUGUUGGAUUAGAUGCAUAGAUUCUUCUUUAUGAUAUCUCGCAGUUUAAAGCAUCCUGAAGUUUUAGAAGGCUUUCCCAUUUUAGCAGAUGUCCUCUGAGUUCAAACAUCUGCUUUCUUUUUGCAACAUUUUUCAUCUUUCUCGGUUCAGAUUUUAUGUAUCCAUUUGGAUUUACUUUAACUGUUUCGUUGUAUUACUCCAUAGAUAGAUCAUAAACAAGUAAACAACUGACUGCAACUUGAAGGUUCAAGAAUCUACAUUUUAUUUUGUUUGUUA